AUGAUAAAGGAAGCAUGGUUGGACAAGAGAAGUGGCAAAGUGUGUUUGGCAAUAUCACCAAAGGCAAUGAACAUUACAGGCAUUGAUGAUCGUCGAUAUUGGGAACUUAUCUCUUCCGACGAAUCCAGAUUUGGAUCAAUAGCUUAUCUCAGACAAAUAUGGUGGUUAGAAGCAGUUGGAAACAUAAGAUUCGAAUUCGCACCCGGGAGAUACAGUAUACUUUUCAAGAUACAACUAGGCAAACCUAUUAGAAAGUGUGGGAGGAAAACAUGUAAUUUGGACCAAGUUCAUGGUUGGGACACCAAACCGGUCAGGUUUCAGUUGUCUACAUCAGACGGCCAAUGCGCUAUGUCGGAACGACAUCUGGACGAAUCGGGCAGGUGGGUUUAUCACCACGUGGGUGACUUCGUCGUAGAGAAUGAGAACUCACCGGUUUGGGUCAAGUUCUCUAUGCUCCAGAUAGAUUGUACACAUACCAAAGGUGGGUUAUGUUUAGAUUGUGUGAUCAUAUGUCCAUUUGAGUAUAGAGGGAAAUAUACAUUUUUCGAUUAAUUUUUUAUUUUUUUAUAAUUUGAUAUGUUAUAGGUUUUAGGAUAUUUUUUUGUCAAUAUAUGUAUGUAUAAAAUGUGCAAAUUUUGUAUUAGUUUUUAUGCAAAUGUGUAAUGUUAAAUCGAGAAUGUAAAAAUGUGAACAGUA